GCCUUUAAAAAGGAAGAAAAACCCGAGAGUUUACGUAAGAAUCGCGGGAAGCAAGAGAAGAUUAAUGGCGAAGGCGAAACCCAACUUGAUCUUCGCAUACGGCACAUUGAAACGAGGAUUUCCAAACCAUGGUUUAAUGGAAGAUCUGAAAACCAAAGACGACGCCGUUUUUAUUGAUACAUCUCACACAAAGGAUCCCCAUCCUCUGGUCGUUGGACCCCACGGGGUACCGUACUUGAUCAACUUACCCGGGUCGGGUCACCGGGUGAAGGGCGAGAUUUACGCUGUGUCGGAUGAUGCGGUGGUUAGACUCGACGAAUUCGAAGGUGUGAAAAAUGGGUACUACGAACGGAUUCCGGUAGUGGUUGUGAGACAUGGUGGGGAGAGGGUGAAGGCGGAAGCAUAUUUUGGGCAUAGAAGCUUUGGGGAGAUUUUGUGGAAGACGAAGGGUCAAGUUGGGUUGAUAGAAUAUGGGGAAAAUGAAGCGAAGGAGCAUGUGAGGAGAGAGGAUAGACCAGGUCGCAGAAACAGCAUUCUUGACAUCUUAAUUCAUUAGUUUCUGUUUUGUCUUCUCCAAAGGAACUGCAAUUUAUUGUAUCAUUUUUUGGCAUUAUUGUAAAACAUUGUGUUUUUAUGCUUUUUUUUUUUUUCAUUUUGUUCUAUCUAUGAUUUAUGUGAUUAAGUAGACUCUAACAUUUGAAGUU